AUGGCUCAGCAGCAUCAGAAUCUCUUUCGUUUAAAGGGGUUUGUCCAGCAGUACGACUGGGGCAAGAAGGGUUCGGCGUCGCUCGCUGCACGACUCUCAUAUAACGCGCUCGGGCUCGAUUUUCCUGUCGAGCUGGACAGCCCAUAUGCGGAGAUAUGGAUGGGCACGCACCAGAACGGCCCAGUGCACCUCUUCGAUGACCCCAUCAAGUCGUUGCACGACGUCAUCUCCUCCAACCCGAAGAUCUAUUUGGGCGACACGCUAGUGAAGAAAUGGAAGGGUGAAACACAUGUACCCUUUCUAUUCAAGGUUCUGUCUAUUGAGAAAGCUCUACCGCUGCAAGUCCACCCGGACAGGGCCCUUGCCGAGGAGCUCGCGAAGAAGGAUCCGAAGACAUUCGUCGACCCCAAUCACAAACCAGAGAUCGCGGUCUGCAUUGGCGAGCAGAUCGACAGCGGUUCGUGGGGCAACGGCGUAGCCUUCACGGGUUUCGUCGGGUUCCAGCCUCUCGAUGACAUCAGCAAGAGCAUUGUCUCUGUGCCCGAGCUUCGGCAGGCGAUCGGCGACGACAAAGUUGUUGACGCAUUUGUCGAGGAACCGUCGAAGAAUAUACUCCAUAGGCUUUACGGCGUGCUUCUUAGUCGCCCUCAGAAUAUCAUCACACCGCUCGUUCAUUCUCUCGUCGACCGCACCUCGAAGGACCCCGUUGCCUUGGAACCAGAGACCGUCCGCCUCCUCCGCAAGGUGAACGAACAGUACCCCGGUGACGUUGGUGUGCUUUCGAUUGUAUUUUUCAUGAACUUCGUGAAACUCAAGCGCGGCGAAGCGGUGUACAUUGGCGCAGACGAGAUCCACGCGUACCUCGAGGGUGACAUCAUCGAGUAUAUGGCUAUCUCGGAUAACGUGCUCAAUACUGCACUCGUCCCACCCGAGGAACGUCAGACGGCCGACUUUCUGCGCGCCUUGACGUUCACAUCUCGAGAUAAAGACUACUGGCGGCUCCCUCACAAGCCGUACUUCAAGAGCCAAAACGGGUUCACACAGCAGGAGACGUUGGCGGCCGUGGACGGACCGACGAUUGGGAUCGUGACCGAGGGCACGAUGAAAGUCGCAGUCAAGGGCCAAGUGUUGGACUUAAAGCAAGGCUCCAUUGUCUAUGUCGUUCCGGGCAAUGUGAUCCUUCUAGAGCUCGCACCAGUGGAUGGACGGGCCAAGGGCGAGAUGUGGUGGGCUGCCGCCGGUGUUUGA